GAAGAUUGUUGAUUGACAAUUGACAGUGACACUGACAGACAACUUAUAUUGACAUCGGCGUAAGCCACUUGCUACACGUGAAAAAUUGAGGUGUUUCAUCAUCUUUUCUUUUAAAUUAAUAAAUAUUUCACUGAUAGUUAAUAAUCAGAAUAAGUAACUCAAAAGCUUCAAGAUGCCGCUAUCCUGUAGAUUUUAUAAAGAGAAAUAUCCCGAAGUGGAAGAUGUAGUGAUGGUAAAUGUUAGAGCAAUUGCCGAAAUGGGUGCUUAUGUUCAUUUACUAGAGUAUAAAAAUAUUGAGGGCAUGAUCUUAUUAUCCGAAUUGUCUAGGAGACGUAUAAGGUCUAUCAAUAAACUUAUAAGAGUUGGUAAAACAGAACCUGUAGUAGUUAUAAGAGUAGAUAAAGAUAAAGGAUAUAUUGAUCUGUCAAAAAGACGUGUGAGUGCUGAAGAUGUUGAAAAAUGUACUGAAAGGUUUGCAAAAGCUAAAGCAGUGAACUCUAUCUUGAGGCACGUUGCUGAGCUUUUGCGAUAUGAAACUGAUGAACAAUUAGAAGAAUUGUAUCAAAAGACAGCAUGGUAUUUUGAAGAAAAAUACAAAAAAAAUAAGGCUAGUGCUUAUGACUUCUUUAAGCAGGCAGUAGUUGAUCCAAGUAUUUUAGCUGAAUGUGAUUUGGAUGAAAAUACUAAGGAGGUUUUGUUGAGUAAUAUCAAACGUAAAUUAACGUCACAAGCAGUUAAAGUUCGAGCAGAUAUUGAAUGUGCUUGUUAUGGUUAUGAAGGAAUUGAUGCUGUAAAAACUGCUUUGAAAGCUGGUUUAGACUUAUCUACUGAAGAAUUGCCAAUUAAAAUAAAUUUAAUUGCUCCCCCUCUUUAUGUAAUGACUACAUCAACUCCAGAAAAACAAGAUGGAUUAAAAGCUUUAAAUGACGCUAUUGAGGUUAUUAAAAAAACAAUUGGUGAAUUGGGUGGAGUAUUUAAUAUUCAAAUGGCUCCUAAAGUUGUGACUGCUACAGAUGAAGCUGAGCUUGUAAAGAAAAUGGAGAUUGCUGAGAUGGAAAAUACAGAAGUUGCAGGUGAUGAUGAAGAAGACGAGGAUGAAGAUGAACAGGACAGUGAAGAAGAAAAUGAAGGGGAUGCUUGAAAAAGUAACUGUUAUUCAUUGGAAAGAAACUGAAGAGAAGAGUAUUAAAUGAAUUCAAUUUUAUAAUAUGAAUAAAACUUUGGAUAACA